AGAGAGAGACUCCUCCUCGUCUCCGGUGUCAAACUUGACAUCAGCCUCUGAGCCGAGAAUGGUAACUUGUGUCGGAACAGAAGCCCUCACAUGAGUGGCAUGCUUCAUGGAGUUAUGUACCUUGUUUUGCCCCGUCAACUGCUAUCAUGGAUUGCAUAAUCUUAAUACUUUUUAAUUUUCUCUUCACGUUUCCAUCGCUCCAAAUUUCCAUCGCAGAAUUCAUUAUUCAUCCAUCCAAUGAAGUUAACCUGUUGGACUCCAAAGCAAGCCAAGGGGAGCUGGGCUGGAUAUCAUCCCCAUCCCAUGGGUGGGAGGAAAUUAGCGGUGUGGAUGAGCACUACACACCCAUCCGGACCUUCCAGGUGUGCAACGUGAUGGAAUACAGCCAGAACAACUGGUUGAGGACCAACUGGAUUCCUCGUAAUUCUGCACAGAAGAUCUAUGUGGAGCUCAAGUUUACCCUGAGAGACUGCAACAGUAUUCCCAUGGUCCUCACCUGCAAAGAGACGUUCAAUUUACACUACCUGGAGACUGAUGAAGACCAGGGAAGUAAGUUUCGCGAACACCAGUUCUCCAAAAUAGACACCAUCGCCGCUGAUGAGAGUUUUACUCAGAUGGACCUGGGCGACCGUAUCUUGAAGUUAAACACAGAGGUCCGUGAGGUGGGACCCAUGACUAAGAAGGGCUUUCACCUGGCUUUCCAGGAUGUGGGAGCCUGCGUGGCCCUAGUUUCGGUGCGGGUGUACUUUAAAAAAUGCCCUUUCACGGUAAGAAACCUGGCUAUGUUUCCUGACACAGUACCCACAGACUCUCAGUCACUUGUGGAGGUUAGGGGCUCCUGCGUCAACAAUUCCAGAGAGGAGGAUCCGCCAAAAAUGUACUGCAGUACCGAGGGAGAGUGGCUGGUGCCUAUUGGGAAAUGCUUGUGCAACAUAGGAUACGAGGAACGGGGAGUCGCUUGCCAAGCCUGCCGGCCCGGCUUCUAUAAGGCUUCUUCUGGGAACGUUGAGUGCUCCAAGUGUCCUCCGCACAGCUACACGCACCAGGAGGGAGCCGUGCACUGCGACUGUGAGAAAAACUACUUCCGUGCGGAAGAGGACCCCGUCUCGAUGGCCUGCUCUCGACCUCCAUCUGCCCCACGCAAUGUGAUCUCUGCCAUUAAUGAGACGUCAGUGAUUCUAGACUGGACCUGGCCGGCUGACAGCGGAGGCAGGAAGGACGUGACAUUUAACGUGGUCUGUAAGCGAUGUUGGCCGGGUCCCAGGCAGUGUGAACCCUGCCUAGGGGCUGUGCGCUUCCUGCCCUGUGCCACCGGCCUCACUAACACAACAGUAACCGUAGUGGACCUCCUGGCUCACACAAACUACACCUUUGAGAUUGAGGCCCAAAACAGAGUGUCCCCCCAGGCCCCCACGAUCCGCCAGUAUGCUGCAGUCACCAUCACUACCAACCAAGCAGCUCCAUCUGCAGUGACUGUCAUCAGGAAGGACCGAACAUCCAGAAACAGCAUCUCACUCUCAUGGAUGGAGCCAGAGAGACCCAAUGGAAUCAUUUUGGACUAUGAGGUCAAAUACUAUGAGAAGCAGGAACAAGAGACCAGCUACACCAUCCUGAGGUCAAAGGGCACAAAUGUUACUCUGAAUGGGCUAAAACCCGACACCACCUACCUGCUGCAGAUCAGAGCGCGAACCGCGGCCGGAUACGGCAGUAGCAGUCGCAAGUUUGAGUUUGAGACCAGUCCAGACUCCUUUUCCAUCUCCAGUGAGAACAGUCAGGUAGUGCUGAUCGCUGUCUCCUCCGCCGUGGCCAUCAUCCUCCUCACUGUACUGCUCUACAUUGUGAUUAGCAGGUUUUGUAGAUAUAGCAAGUCCAAACAUCCAGAUGAGAAGAGGCUGCCCUUUGGCAACGGCCACUUGAGACUGCCUGGCAUCAAGACCUACGUGGACCCACACACCUACGAAGACCCGAGUCAAGCCGUACACGAAUUCGCCAAGGAACUGGAAGCGUCCUGUAUCGCCAUCGACAAAGUGGUUGGGGCAGGGGAGUUUGGAGAGGUGUGCAGCGGCCGAUUGAAGUUGCCUUCUAAGAAGGAGAUCUGUGUGGCCAUCAAGACGCUCAAAGCUGGAUACACAGAGAAACAAAGACGGGACUUCCUCAGUGAAGCGAGCAUCAUGGGCCAGUUUGACCACCCCAACAUCAUCAGGUUGGAGGGUGUGGUCACACGUAGUAAACCUGUGAUGAUAGUGACCGAGUACAUGGAGAACGGCUCUCUGGACGGCUUCCUGCGAAAACACGAUGCCCAGUUCACAGUGAUUCAGCUGGUGGGCAUGCUACGUGGCAUCGCAUCUGGUAUGAAGUAUCUGUCGGAUAUGGGUUACGUGCACAGAGAUUUGGCUGCUCGGAACAUCCUGGUCAACAGCAACCUGGUGUGCAAAGUGUCAGACUUCGGCUUGUCCAGAGUGCUGGAGGAUGACCCGGAAGCCGCCUACACCACAAGAGGUGGCAAGAUUCCCAUCCGAUGGACCGCUCCAGAGGCCAUCGCCUAUCGCAAGUUCACCUCGGCCAGUGACGUAUGGAGCUAUGGGAUUGUGUUAUGGGAGGUCAUGUCUUAUGGAGAAAGGCCUUAUUGGGAGAUGUCCAAUCAGGAUGUAAUAAAAGCGGUGGAUGAGGGCUAUCGUCUUCCCCCACCCAUGGAAUGCCCUGCCACGCUUUAUCAGCUGAUGCUAGACUGCUGGCAGAAGGACAGAAACAACCGGCCAAAAUUUGAGCAGAUUGUUAGCAUCCUGGACAAGCUCAUCCGCAACCCCAGCAGUCUUAAAAUCACGGCAAGCACUGCUUCCAGACCGGUGAAUCUGCUUCUGGACAGGACCAGCACUGACAUCACUUCCUUUCACACAAUGGGUGAUUGGCUGGAAAGCGCCAGGACGUUGCCCUGUAAAGAUGCAUUCAGUGGGGUCAGCUACAGCUCCUGUGAUACACUGGCCAAAACUUCAGCAGAAAUCUGUCUGACUGAAGUCAGACCAGCAGCCACGUGCCCUGAGUGGGAGCCGUCCAUGGGAAUUACAACACUUUAAAGCGUAUAGACUUUAUGGGACUUCAAGAAAGUCGGUGUGACGAUCGUUGGACCUCAAAAGAAGAUCGUGAGCAGCCUAACAACACUUGAAACACACUCAAAGAACGGUCCAGUUCCUGUGUAAAAUUAAAAACAAGUGACGGAAAUGAAAGACACUUAUACGAGAUUGAUGCUGCUUUGGCUUUAACAGACAGGAAAUAUAUACAUUAUGAAAUGAAAAAAUGAAGUGGAACUACAAUUCUUGAACACAUGUGCGAAGCAGAACAACCUUCCUGGAGAAAGAUCACAUCUUCCCAGGCACAAGGUGCAAAGGCGAUGAGCGUGUCUCCCAGCGAUUGACAUGUUGCCUUAGAGAGAGCCGGAUAAGCGCGGGCCUCAUGUUCAGGAGUCUGCUGUCACGCUGCAUGGCUUCUUCGAGAGGACAGAGGCCGGUCCGAUCCGAAUGGAUUUAACGAAGAGCUCUUCACAUGUGGAAUCACAGGGGAGCAUUAAAAAGCCUUCAGGAAAAACUUUGCAAAAGCAUCCGUCUUCCUUUUGGAAGGUAGCACUUCAGAGAGGCAAUAGCUUGCGCAACUAGUGUUUUGGUGGUUUUGGAAACUUGAAGAAAAUCCCCCUUUAAAUCUUCUGAAGAACUGCAGGAGAAAUGCAGCUGGUUACUCUUAGAGCAAUCUGGUAAUGCUUGUUAGGAUCUGACACGUUUGGUAAUAAACCAUUAAUCUGCGAGUGCAGAGAGCCAUUCUUGAGAAUCAAGGAUGGAGUAGAGAAGACACUGGGUAAACAUGUCAUUUUAAAGGUUUAUUUGUUAAUGUAGCCCAAGACACAUGUUUGUUUGUACCACUAUGUUCGGAUGAUAUAUGAAUUCAUUAUCAAAAAAAAUAAAAAAAAUAAUACACUAUAAGGAAACAAAUGUUUACUAGAAUCAGUAACAGUCAGUAAAUCAUAAUGCAUAAACCAGACAGAAUAGCAUGCUGAUGUGUUUUGUAGGCCAACCCAGAAGUUAGUAUCACCCUUGUUCCCUCAACAAAAAGCCAACUUUCCCAUUGGUUCUUGGAUUACUGCAGAAAAUAGGCGAUUUUCGUCUACAAUCGCCAGAAGUAAAAAGCCACAGUCGCAUUGCUUCAAUGUCACUCUUUCAGUCUUUAAUAAACAUUUUCCAUGAAAGUUUGAGUAAAAAUAAUUUGCGAGAGCGCCGUUAUAAACACAAGGCUGUAAAAGCGGAUUAGUCUCUAGAGGAGUUUAUCUGCUUAGCAUGAUGAUGUUUAAUGUCUCCGACAAUAUGUGAAAAUAUAUUAAGCUUGUGUUCUAUCCAGGCCUUAUUUCAGACAUUUAACCAAAAGACCAUUUAAACAUGAUGGAACUGGGAGUGCUAAAAUGCGAACUUGUUUCUGGGUUUUGGCCUGCAAAUAUCUGUCAUCCAUGCAGCACUCUAAACCAGCAGGAUUUUGAUCUCAGAAGUCUCAGAUAUGAUGUAUAGUAUGUGAAACAAAAGAUUUUGCAACAAUUCAAAUAAUUGUUGUCACAUGACCUCAUCUGGGUUAAUUCAGCAACAUCUAAUUAUCAUCUUGAAAUUAAAUCCAGUUCCUUUGCAUUUUUAAUCCAAUUAUGUGAAAAAUCAACCUGAAAUCAUGUUGAAAUCUUGAGGUAUGACUCGCUCCACCUCAGAACUGGCUUGUCUUUUUUUGUUUGUCCCCACAGAUCCUCUCCAAUCACCUGAUUACAUUCUGGCAACACCUACAUUUCACAAUCAAAAACAGUUCCCAAUUGAUUAAAGUCCCACGCAACUUUUUUUUUUUUCUUUUUUUCUUGUUGAAUAUCCUGGAAAUCAGAUUUUGGAAGGAAAAUACAUUGUGAAUGUCUUUUCACAUUGAGUUUAACAUUUGGCAACCAAUCAAAUAAUCAGUCAAGAAAGCACAAAUCCCGCCCCACAGCCGAUUUCAUUGGUCGACUCAAUCAGGCAGUCCCCUGUCAAGAAAAGUUCUGAUUUUUCAUGCAAUCAGUGCUGUUGACAAGACCAAUGAAAGAGAGUUUGUGCUGAACUGGUUUGUGAGAGGAGAAAAAAAACACUCAAAUAUCACAACUACUUCUGGUAAUCAACUGUGCUGGAAAUGGUAGAUCAAAUCAAGCAGGUUGCAUUGUGCGAUACAGUAUUCUGUGCAGUUCUGUUGAAUACUGCACUUUUUGGAGGUAGUAGCUCUUCUAGAUAUUCCAUGCAUACAGCACAUUUGCAUACAGUGCGCAGUAUAUUUACUGAAUAGUAAGAGUACGGUAGUGUGCUCUGUAAUUUCCUGAAAUGUAGAUCACACAGAGAUUUGGACUGUAAAAUCUUCCAGAAGUUCCAUGUGGAGGGUUAUUCUGAAAGGACAGCUGCGUUCUGAUCAAGAAUCAUCAGGAUUCACAGCCCUCAGUCUUCAAAAUGCAAGGUUGUCAGACUGAAUACUGGGCUUUAUUAAGUCAAUAUCCAAAUAUUUUCAUCCUGAUCAUGAAAUCAAAAAGAGCUCUAAUGGUGCACAUGACAGUCUGACCAUGUACUGCACUACCUUAUGAAGGAACAGUCUAUUUUUCCUCUACAUCCCUUUGAUUCUGCCUGUAAAUGUUGCUUUCUCCCUGCUGUUAGUACAUACAGUAUGUGAACCGGACCUGUGGUGAUAGCAGUGGUGACUCUAGAGGUAUUAUCAUUUACCCGGCCAUCCCUUUGUACAGAUCUCUGUACGUAUGUAUAAAAGAAUGAACAAAAUAUCUGUGCAAACUUUACAGAACUCAUUUGUAUGAUAUUUUGUAUUAUAUUUGUUUUACAUAAAAACUAUUAUAAUGACUUAUUAUUUAUUUUUUAACAACAAACCACCAUACACAGUGCAGUUUUUUUUUUUUUUCAUAGCAUUCAGUAAGUUAUGACAUGUUUCGACUCUAUCAGUGUUUUUAUAUUUUUCUUUGUUGAAGAUGAUGUUUUGAAGAGCAAUACUGUUUUGCGUCCUGUUCCCCUUCUUUAGAUUGAUGGGUUUGUGUGUAUGUGUAUGUGUAUGUGUGUGAGUGUGUAGAUGGCCGUGUCUACUAAUGUAAAAUGAUUUGUAGUGGAAACAUUUAUAUUUUUAUAAUAAACAUUCUCAGAAUAUUUUCUAAAGAAUGAAUGCUAUAAGAAGAAA